AUGCCUCCAAGCUCCUCUUCUCGCCCUAAAUUAGCCUCUAAUUCGUCCGAUUCUGGCCCUAUAUCGUUAAACCAUGCAGAGUCCCCGUUGACAAACCUUGUGCGCCGGACCUCUUCGCGAAGAGCACGCCAGACUGCUUCGGCCCUCGACCAGCAGCACAAGCAGGAUUUGCAUACGCCACCCAUUCAAGAGACGCGCGAGGAUCCCUAUAUCAAUGAAUCAACUGCCAACUAUAAUUAUAACCAUUCACCUCGGUCCUCGUCGCCCUCUCACGACGAGGUUUACGCGUAUGCGUACCAGCCAGAGCCUUCAAGCUCUGGUUCUCAAUAUGCUUAUGUUCAAUCAGACUCCAAUAAUGUGGUGGAUAACUACUACUAUGAGCCUCACGAUUCGCCGCCGCGCCGACAAAUGGCCAACCUCAGUUUAAAAGUCGAUACUUCAGGGGACAACUUGCUUGCAUCCAAUGGACUGCCAUCACCGUUGCUUCACAGUCACUUUGCUCGGGAUUCAUACGCUACUGCAUCAAUAUCUGAUCAACAUUCGUACUGGGACCCAGAUACUUCCGGCACGCGAUCUUCAACACAGUCCAGUAACUAUAAACAGUCAUCGAGGAGGGCUACACGGGAAGGAGAGGGUGAUUUUGAUGAUGAGCGAAGUGAUUAUGGUCGUUACGAUUACUUUGUGGACGACUCUUCCAGCAUGUACUCCUCAAGCCCGUCUCAGGGGCCUGCGCUAAGAGACUCAUGGAAUUCAACGGCGACAGGAGCGACCGUACGCAGGCCUGACUAUUACAUUCCUAAUGCAGACAUUCGUGGAGAGAACCAGUUGACAGGGUCAUCUGGUCCAACACCGACGGUGGUCGUUACGGAGGAGGGGAUAGAUGGGGCAGAGAGGGUAGUUGAGCGCAGUUCAUCUGUGCUGAGACCUGGUCCGGGACGAGCACCGAUUGUCCAGCCUGUCACUGCGAAUUUCUCGAGACCAGUGCGGGAAAGCUCGCACCCAGGGCAUGCACAGGGGGAAAGGGUUAAAGUUCAGGUCCCGCAAGAGAUGAGAGACCAGAAGUUGAAGGUGUUGGAGAGGAACGCGCGACGUGCACCGACGCCAACUGGAACACACCCGCCGUCUACGAUCCAAUCAUCGGCAAACUCGAGGCAGUCUCUAGAGAGCGUCCGGUCGGCGGCAACAAUAACAGAGAAGAAUAAUGCGGUCCCGACAAAUCCGCAACCUAUGAGAGCAGUCGAGCAACCGCUUCCCUCGCCUUCGAGCCUUUAUUCAAGCAAUUAUUCAUUUUAUCAAUAUGAAAGCCCUGUGCCAUCGCCUGUUGGAGCGGGGUUCGGGCAAUCGACGAAUUCUGGAAACAGACCUCAAUCCUCUCUUAAAGCUGCAGAUGCAGAGAAGGUCACAGGACCGCGAACGCCUCAGGAUUAUCUGCAGCUCGGUAUCCAACACCACGAAGCAAAUCGACUGGGCGAGUCAGCUCGGUGCUUCGAACGGUCAGCAAAUGAAGGCGGAGGAUGUGGUGUAGGGAUGCUAAUGUACGGACUGACGCUUAGACAUGGGUGGGGAUGCGCGAAGAAUGAGAGGCUUGGAUUUAAGUGGCUAAUGAAAGCGGCUGAGAGUGCCAUAGGCGAUCUGGAGAAUGUGAGGACCGGUGGAAGAACGAUUGAGGUUGGCGCUGUGCAGACAGAGCUUGUAUUGGCGAUCUACGAAGUCGGACAGUGCUUUUUUCAUGGAUGGGGUGUGGGUAAGGACCAGAAGAUGGCCGUGGUGCGUCUCCCACCUCUGAAGUGGUGCAUGUAA